GCGGGCGCGUGGGCGGCGCGCGCGCUGCUGCUGCUGGGGGAGCCUGGCGCGGGCAAGUCGAGCUUCGUGGCGCACGCGGCGGCGGAGGCGCGCCGGCGCCGGCCCGCCCGCUGGCACGUCGUCGUCCCGCUGCUGGCGCACACGCGGCUCCUCCGCCAGAUGCCUCCGGCCACAGGGCUCACAAAAGACGACUUGCUGGAGAUAGUGGCGGCCGCUAGCGGCGUCGUUGACGACCAGGCGGCGCGUCGCUGCCUAAAGGCGGCGCUCUUUGAAAGCGGAGCCAUCACCGUCUACGUAGAUGGCGUGGACGAGGUGAUGCCCGUGCACAAGGAGAAGGCGAUGCGACUGCUCGAGGUCUUUCUGCAGGACGCGCACCCCGGCGCGCGCCUCUGGGUUGCCUCCAGGCCAGAGGCGGAGGCGUCUUUGAGCCGCCUGCUGCGCUGCGCGCCGCUCUCUCUGCUGCCGCUGGAGCGCUCCCAGCAGCUGCGCUUCCUCUCGCAGCAGUGGGCCAGCCGGCUGGGCGUUCCGGCCGCGACGGUGCUGCCCCUGGCGGAGGAGCUGGCGGAUGCAGUGGCGCGCAUUCACGUGGUGCCCUCUCCCGAGCGUGGUUUGGAAAUGUUGCUGAACGCACUCGCUGGAAUUCACGAACGCACUUCAGAUGAGGAGGAAGAACUGCAGAGCGGCAAUCAAAGUGCAUCCAGGGUUCUUGGCGAGUUAUUCUCUAAGAUUCUAAGUACCGUUGAAACUGAAUUUGUCAAUAGAAGUUCAUUGCUGCAAACUCCUCUUCAUCUGAAAAUGGUAGAGGAGGGUUUCUCUCAGGCCGCAAGCGACGCUCUGCAGUCUGGAAGCAAUCUUCUAAAGGAGAAGUUUAAUCAACUGCAAAUAUUCGAUCGCUUUAUUGAAUUGAAGCGCAGACAUUUUGAAGAGAAACAUGGCAUGACGCACGUGAAUUCCAGUGCCCGAUUCACAGAUUUUGAAGACGACUUUUUUAUGAGAUUUCAUCAGACGUUCGCCCUGAAGAUUUUUAGUACCUUCGUUUCUGAAGCCGACGUCCCGGGUUUGGCAAAGAAGCUUGAAAAGUUCAAAAGAAGCCUUCCGAAGGAGAAAACAGGGAUCCUCUGGCAAUCGGAGAGCGGGGAACCUCAGUUCGUGCACUUCAGCUUCAUCGAGUUCUUCGUGUCGACGUGGCUGUACGACAACCUGGCGGGCAAGCGCAGCGCGCCAGCGAAGCGCCUGCUGCAGGCGCUGCUGGAGGGCGAUGCCGGGCGAGCGGUGCUGCUGUUCCUCGACCUGAGGCUGUGCCAGGGGCUGCGAGCGCACCAGGCGGCGCUGGCAGGCAACGCACGCGCCUUGCAGGAGGCCUUGGCGCGGGGCGAGCCCGCGGACGCGCGCGACGCCGCCGGCCGCUCGGCCCUCCAUCUGGCGGCGGCCUACGGAAGGAGCGCGGCCGUCGACGAGUUGGUGCGCGGAGGAGCCAACGUGGAGGCCCGCGACGUGAUGCUGGGCUGGUCGCCGUUGCAGUAUGCCUACGCAGCGCAGUGCGUGCCUGCGAUGGAACGCCUGCUAGCUGCGGGCGCCGAUCGUGGGCAUCUCUGCGGCGAGAAAAAUUGGUUUUCCUUGUUUACAGCUACUGUCCUUGACCUCCCUGAGGUUUUCCAUUGUUUUCUACAAAGAAGAAGUGAAUCACCAUCAAGCAUGCUUCUGGGAUUAGCGGCAAAUUAUGGAUCCAUAAAGGUGAUAGACAAACUUUUUGAAGUAGAUCUGUCAGUAGAUGUUACCCUCGCUUGUAAUUCUCACAGUUCUACUCCUCUCCAUGUCGCUAGUUGUCGUGGUCACAAGAAAGUGGUCAAAUACUUCAUAAGUAAAAAUGCUAAUCCUAAAGUGAAGGACAACGCAGGGGCUGAACCCAUACACGUAGCAGCGAAAGAUGGCCAUAAAGAUAUUAUGGACACCCUUUUGAAUGCCGGAGCAGACAUUGAGUCACCAGAUCAUGCAAACUGUACUCCACUUAUUUGGGCAACAGCAUGGGGAAGUGUGGAAGCUGUCACGUACCUCCUGCAGAGAAAUGCAAACAUCCGCGCAAGAGCUAGUCGCGGUCACCAAUCUAUUCAUAUUGCGGCAGAUAGAGGCCACACUCAAAUUAUAAAGAUCCUAUUAGAUGCGGGUGCAGACAUCGAAUCUAUUGAUGAUAAUAAAAUCACUCCACUUCAUUGUGCAUCUGGAAGUGGACAUGAGGAAGCGACAAAACUUCUCCUGUCACAAGGGGCAGACAUCCAUGCAAGAGCUAGCGUUGGACGGCAGGCUAUUCACUUAGCAGCAUCUCAUGGACACACACGAAUUAUAGAGAUCCUGUUAGAUGUGGGUGCAGGCAUCGAAUCUGUGGAUGAUAAUAAAAUCACUCCACUUCAUUGUGCAUCUGGAAGUGGACACGAGAAAGCGACCAAACUUCUCCUGUCGCGAGGAGCGGAUGUUCAUGCAAGAGCUAGGGAAGGACAUCAGGCUAUUCACGUAGCAGCAACUUGUGGACACGCACAAAUCAUAGAGAUCCUAUUAGGUGCGGGAGCUGACAUAGGAUCUGUUGAUAAUAACAAAAUCACUCCACUUCAUUGUGCAUCUGGAAGUGGACACGAAGAAGCGACCAAACUUCUCCUGUCGCGAGGGGCGAACGUUCACGCAAGAGUUAGCGAUGGACGGCAGACUAUUCACUUAGCAGCAACUCGUGGAUACACUCGAAUAUUAGAGGUCCUUUUAGAUGAGGGAGCUGACAUCGACUCAUCUGUGGUUGAUAAAAUUACUCCACUUCAUUGUUCAUCUGAAAGUGGACACGUGGAAGCGACCAAACUUCUGCUGUCACGAGGAGCGGACGUCCACACAAGAGCUAGCAAUGGAGGGCAGCCUAUUCACUUGGCAGCAAAUCGUGGACACACUGAAGUAGUAGAGAUCUUAUUAGAUGCGGGAGCUGACAUCGAAUCUGUUGAUGAUAAUAAAAACACUCCCCUUCAUUGUUCAUCUGGAAGAGGACACAAGGAAACGACCAAACUUCUUGUGUUGCGAGGGGCAGACGUUCACGCAAGAUCUAACGAUGGACAGCAGGCUAUUCACCUAGCAGCAACUUGUGGACUUACUCAAAUCAUAGAGAUCCUAUUUGAUGCAGGAGCUGACAUCCAAUCUCUUGAUGACGAUAAAUUCUCUCCACUUCAUUGUGCAUCGGGAAGUGGACACGAGGAAACGACCAAACGUCUUGUGUUGCGAGGAGCGGACAUCCACACAAGAACUAGCAAAGGAGAACAGCCUAUUCACUUGGCAGCAAUUCGUGGACACACUCAAAUAGUAGAGAUCCUUUUAGAUGCGGGAGCUGAUAUCGAAUCUGUUGAUGGUAAAAUGACUCCACUUCAGUGUGCAUCAGGAAGUGGACACGAGGAAGCAACCAAACGUCUUCUGUUACGAGGGGCAGACGUCCAUGCAAGAGCUCGCAAUGGACGGCAGGCUAUUCACUUAGCAGCAAUUCAUGGACACACUCAAAUAGUAGAGAUACUAUUAGAUGCGGGAGCUGAUAUCGAAUCUGUUGAUGAUGAUAAAAUCACUCCACUUCAUUGUUCAUCUGGAAGUGGACACGAGGAAGUGACCAAACGUCUCCUGUCGCGAGGAGCGGAUGUUCAUGCAAGAGCUAGCGAAGGACAGCAGGCGAUUCACAUAGCAGCAAAUGGUGGCCAUACUCAAAUCCUAGAGAUACUGUUAGAUGUGGGUGCAGACAUCGAAUCUGUGGAUGAUGAUAAAAUCACUCCUCUUCAUUGUUCAUCUGGUAGAGGACAUGAGGAAACGACCAAACAUCUUGUGUUGCGAGGGGCGGACGUGCACGCAAGAACUAGCGAUGGACGGCAGACUAUUCACUUAGCAGCAACUUAUGGACACACUCAAAUAGUAGAGAUACUAUUAGAUGCGGGAGCUGACAUAGAAUCUGUUGAUGAUGAUAAAAACACUCCACUUCAUUGUGCAUCUGGAAUGGGACACAAAGAAAAGACUAAGUUUCUCCUGUCCCGUGGGGCGGCCGUACACGCAAGAGCAAGCAAUGGAAGGCAGCCUAUUCACUUGGCAGCCAUUCGUGGACACACUCAAAUACUUGAGAUCCUAUUAGGUGCGGGAGCUGACAUAGAAUCUGUUGGUAAUGAUAAAUUCACUCCACUUCAUUUUGUAUCGAGAAGUGGACACGAAGAAGCGACAAAGCUUCUCCUGACUCGAGGGGCGAACGUUCACGCAAGUGCUAGCAAAGGACAACAAGCUAUUCAUAUGGCGGUAAAAGCUGGUAACAUUCUCGUCCUCGAGGCGCUAUUGCGUGCUGGAGCAGACAUUGAAUCUGUAUAUGACGGCCAGACCCCGCUCUUGUGCGUAAUUAUGUAUUGCAUAUUUAAAUCGAACGUAACUGAUGUGGCCGUUUCUUUAGGACCGAGGGCAAAUAUACCACCUGGCCACAUGGCUGUUGUGGAGCGCCUGCUCCGAGCAGGAGCUAACCCCAACGUGUCGGCAAUUGGCCGGAAGGUGAGCGCAGAGACGGCGUGGGUGGUUUGGGCCUCCGUUGCCACGCCUCUCAUACGAGAGCUGCUGCAUAGGACAUCCCUCGACGGGUCUAAUCAGUAA